AUAAAAGCUUAUAUAGCGCCACUAUAGUAUAUCGAUAAGCUCAGAAAGGGAUUUCAUUAUCGUCGGCACUCUUCUUUCCAUCGAAAAUCAUUUGAUUUCGGUACUUACCCGUAUAUAAAAGUGCUGUGAUCGUUGCUAGUUUUACCAGAAUAAAAUGAGCUUUAAAGUGGAGACCACGGGCUGCCAGAGCCCAGAUCUUUAUAGCAAGGACGCAAUUGAAAAUGAUGCGGUUGUAGGCCACAUUGAGGAGGAGCCAAACGGAGACUUCAAGCUUGCUUUCUAUGUUCCAAGGUGGUGUUAUGGGGGAUUAAUUGGAAAGAGAGGAGCUACAUUUCGCCAAAUCCAGGAACGUAACAACGCUGAGGUCAUUAUUCCACGUCCGAAUGAUGAAUCCACUGACGUGGUUAUCAGGGCCAAGCAACGCAGUCACGUAGUCGCUGCCCAGCGUCAUAUCCGCCACUUGAUAGCCUCUAUGCUAGAUCGGAAAAACGCCACCCACUUCUUGGCCGUGUCUCUGAACCAUGAUAAUAUUCAGGAUCGUUAUGUUGAGCUAAAGAAAAGCAUUUUGGAAGCCCAGUUGCCAGGAAUCGAUGAGGGGCUAUUCAUAUCGGAUAAUUGCUUGCACUUAACUUUCCUUGUCUUGGUUAUCCAGGAUGAAGAACAACACCAAAGAGCUUUAAACGAACUGCAGGCAUGCCGUUCCCUGCUCGCUGACCUAAAAACUCCUUUCGAAAUUAAGGUCAAGGGCCUGGAGGUAACAAACGCAGAUCCCAGCUCCACUUGCCGUCUUUAUGGUCGCAUCGAGUCUCCGGACCUGCGAAAAUUGGCAGAUCGGUGUUUGGCCCACUUCCAGAGUACCGGACUGUGCGUCUCAGAUAGAUACCAUCGCGAUUCUGUCCAGAUGCACAUGACACUAAUGAACACCCGAUUUCGCGAUAGGGCGUUAAAAGCAGAAGAUACCAUUGAUGUCCGAGAGAUCCUGAGACGAUUUGGAGACUUUGACUUUGGUACGCUUCAGUGCCAGGCAGUGCACAUGUGCGAAAUUGGAUCGCGCGUCGGCGACAGCUUCUACAAGAUAUCCGGCAGUUUGGAAUUCUAAGAUUAUGUUAUAUUGUGUACACAAAAGUAAACCUAAUCAGCCACGCCAACAAACACCGCUCAUAGAAAAAGUAAACAGAGUUAUCUACACAUAUA